CGUCCCCUGGCGCCCGCCUCGGGACGCCUUUGAAAAGUUGCCGGGAGCGCGGUUCCGCUCCCGCGGUGGGGCUGGCCCGGCCUGGCCCGCCUCAGCUCGGCUCGGCCGAGAGCCCCGGGCUGGGGCGGCUUUGCGGCGGGACACCCCCAGCCGCAGGACUGGGAAGCAUGGCUGCUAAGAAGCUAAGAAGAGCACAGUUGUCUCAGGAAAUGUGUGAAAGGCUGAGUCGCUAUCAGAUCACCACCUGUCAGGACUUCCUGUGUCUUUCCCUCUUGGAGCUCAUGAAAGUGACAGGACAGAGCUACUAUGAGGUGCAGAAGCUUCUUUGUAAAGUCAGCCGAGCCUGUGCUCCCAAGAUGCAGACAGCUUAUGAAAUGAAACUAAGGAAGUCUGUCAAUCCUUCUUCAGCCUUUUUAUCCACCACGCUUCAUAGUUUGGAUAGAGUCCUGCAUGGUGGAGUGCCUUGUGGAUCCCUCACAGAGAUAACUAGCCCACCAGGUUGUGGCAAAACUCAAUUUUGUAUCAUGUUAAGUGUUCUGGCUACGCUGCCUGUAAGCAUGGGAGGACUAGAUGGGGCUGUUAUAUACAUUGACACAGAAUCUGCAUUCAGUGCUGAAAGGUUGAUUGAGAUAGCAGCAAACAGAUUCCCUGCUUAUUAUGACUCAGAUGAAAAGCUGCUCUGCAUGACCCGUAGCAUCCACCUGUACAGAGAGCUGACCUGUUGCAGUGUGCUGAAGAGGAUUAUGUCUUUGGAAGAAGAAAUUAUUUUGAAGAAGGUUAAACUUGUAAUAAUUGACUCUGUUGCUUCAGUUGUCAGAAAGGAGUUUGAUACAAAACUUCAGGGCAAUCUGGCAGAGAGAAGUAACUUUUUGACUAGAGGAGCAUCAGUGUUGAAGUACUUGGCAGAGGAGUUCUCAAUACCAGUUAUCUUGACGAAUCAGAUAACCACAGCGCUGAGCAGUGGCCCUGGGGUCCGGGCAGACCUGGUGUCUCCAGCUGAUGAUUUGUCCCUGUCUGAAGGAUCUUCUGUGAGUGGGAAGAGGGAUUCUGCUUAUGUGACAGCAGCCCUUGGCAACACGUGGAGUCACAGCGUCAACACCAGGCUCAUACUACAAUACCAUGACUUGCCAACAAGACAGCUCCUGGUUGCUAAAUCCCCUGUUGCUCCAUUCUCCACUUUUUUCUACACCAUUGAGAAAUCAGGCUUGGUUCUUCAGGACCAAAAGGAUCAAACUAAUUUAGUUUGGGAGGGAACCAAUCCUGCCCUGCAGCCCAUACGAGUGAGGAACACUGCCUUGAAAGAUACUUUACAUGAUGCCGCUUUACCCAGCACUACGGGUGAGACUUCAAGAAAUACAUCAAAUCUAUAGAAAGGACAAAUGAAACUUCCCCAAAGACUUGAACGAAUUAUGACAUUGGUUUUCAGAAAUCUGGUGAAGCAGAGAUUGAACAUUCUUCUUCUUUCGUCUCUUCAAAGACUAACUUUAAAACCAAGUGCUGUUCUUUGUAUAUGUGAGGCUGUACUUAACUCUGAACUUAUGAAAAACCUGUCUUUUGUUUAGGUUAAUUUAAGUGACUUAAUAAUAAAAGCCUCUGAACAACAUACUGAAGAAGUGUAGGCCACAUGUGCCUUCCUAAUUGACCUCACCACAUCAUCAGUUUGGAGGAACCAAUGGCCAAGCACAGGAGUGUCCACAGCCCAAAACACUGUGAAAUGUUCACUUCUUUUUUUAAGAGAAUGAUAAGCCCACUCAGUGGCUUGAUUACGAAGCAAUAGUACAGUAAGUACUUAUUCUUGUAGCUCACUUGGAAAUCGUUCAAAAUGUUAGGAGAUCAGGUAGCAGUCUAAACGGUGGGAAGAUCGAAGUGUAUUACAGCUGCUCAGCUUUCUCUGUCUUCAAAGCACUUUUGAAGUAUUCACAACAUGACUGCAAACCACAGAACUGUUUACUCAUCUUACAGACUUAGAGAAUGUAUGACUUACUCAAGGCCACUAAAAGCAUCACUGGCUGUGCUGUGAUCAGGAUCUGUUCCCAGCUCUCAAGCCUACAGGAAAGCCAUGGGUUCAGUUGGUGCCAGCUGCCACUGCAGUCACCAUUGGCCUGAGAGGCUGGUUCUGUCCUCUGCCAUCACAGGCAAAGCCUCCCUGAGCACCCUCUUGAGAAUUGUACAGGAAUAUGAGAGGUCUGAAGUAUCCCAAAGUGGCUGUAGGUAACCCAGCAAGGAAAUGAGCUGCAGUGAGGCCACCUGGGGCAGCCAGGCAGGCAGGUUGCCAUCUGCUGUUUGCUGGGCUGUCUGGGGGUGAUGAGAGAGUUCUUGGAAGCACGUGGCCCCUACUAAAAAGUACUGCACACUGGUAAGGCUGGCAGUGCCAGAGAUGUGGAAGCUGAUGUGGCAUCACUCCCAGCCACCAGACAGGAUGGCAUGGAGAGGCCAUCUCUACAGCUCUCUGUUUGCACGCUUGCUGACACAGCUUUGGGCUCUCCUGUAACAAGGAAGUUUCCAUCACAACAAGGAGGCUACUGCAUUUCAAUAAGCUACUUCUUAAAGUAAUACAUUUCACCCUGGAGAAGAGCAGUUUUGCAGCUUCAGUGUUACUAGUGCUUUGAGGAGACCUUUGUAACAUGUAAUUUUAAUUUUGUUUUAGCUAAGAUUUAGAUUUUCUUCUUGACAGUGCUGCACUACCAGCCAUUCAAACCCUGCUGAACUUGCUCAUAGCCAUUUUAUCUGAGUAUCUUGUAAAUAUUUGGUAGAGCACUCAGACAGAGAAGUGUUUUUUGCUCUUACAGUCACAUGUCUGUUUCCAGGACCUUUAAGAAGUACAAUAGACUGAAGGCAGGGAAAAUUCCACUGAGAUGCAUUUAAGUCUCCAGGGAGCAACUGCACUCUGUUUAGACUAAAAUUUCUCAUUGCUGUCUCUCCUUAUUUAAAAAAAACAUGGAAGGAUUGAGAGGGGAAGUUAGAAGUCUUCAUUAUUGUAAACACCAGAAUGCAAGGAGUUUUCACUCAUUUCUGUCAUAUUGCAGAGCUGUUUGCAGUUGGAGAGGGAGAUAAGCUUUUCAAUGCUCUCUGCACUACCUGGGAAAUUUCCAUCAAGUUUUAAAAUGUUUUACAAACAUUAGUGAAUUAAAGCUUAAUCCCCUUCUUCUCAUCCCCAUGAAGCAAGUACAGUUUAAAGAGAGGGCUAAUGAGACUAAAAUAGUUGUGCUUUGCUGAGGUCACAGGGGCAGCGUGGUAACAGACCUUGGGUCUUUGAGUCCCAGCUUUCUGUCUUACACCAAAAACAACACACAUUUCUACACCACAAACAACACUCAUUCCCUCCCUUUCUAAGACUUGCUCUAAUUCCCUAUAGGAUAUAGUGAAAACAUGCUGGCCUCACUCCUUGAGACAACCUUGGGUUUUCACCCUUGCUCAUGACUGCUGUCCCAUGGAAUUAAGAUGUUGAAAAGAUCAAAGAGGGAUGUGAGGUGGGGGAAAAAAAAAUCAAGUCACUGCACUAUCUGCCUUGGGCAUGUUCUGCCUCCAUUGCUGCCAGUGGAGUUGAUGUUAUGUUGGGAGCAACCUCAAACAUGUUUGUAUGUACUUCCAUAUAAUAUUCAGGCAGAACUGUAGAAAAAAUGCCAUCAUCAACAAAAGAGCUUGGCUGACAGGAAAAUCGGACAGUUGAGCCAAUAAGUCACUCUUGUAUUGAAUAGGUGCAAUCUCAUUAUCCUUCUGUAUGUGACCUGCAUUUCUCACUGCUUCUUAUUAUUGCCAUCCUGUAACUACAGCUGCAGCCAUCUCUUUCACCUCUUCCGAAGACAGGGAUAAUCCAUCAGCCAGUUCUCCUCCAGUGGUAUGAGUGAGUUUUUUACCAGAGGGAUUAAUGGCUAGUUGAAGAGAGUUGUUCCCAACAGGGCCAAGCAAAAGCAAUGUGUAUGAGAUGAAGUGGAAGACAAGGAAACAAAUCUAUAGAUUUAAAGCUGUUAAAUUAUUUUCCCCUUAGCUUCCGUUGUUCACAAUGAUAGAUAACCAGACAUGCAAAGCUGGAUGUAUAUUGACAGUGACCAGUGUAAGCAGGAUUGAGAGCUUCUCACACGGUGCAGACAAACCUGAAGUCAGUCAGCUACCAAUACCAGAUCAGUUUGUACCAACUAUUCCAGCCCUUGUAGAUGAGAGACAUUGGGAGGAAAAUCAGUCCUCCUGUCUCUCCUGUGACCUUACGAUGUACCCCAGCACCAGAACCUUGCUCCUCUUAACGACGUUACCUUUUGUGACAAGGCUCCAGCACUGGUCCUUGGGUAGGCUGCUUCUCUAGCACUCUUCCCUGCAGAGGAUCUGGGCUCAGUGCAAAUGCUGUGCACAGUGCUCAUUUCAUUCCCUGCUGAAAGGCAGCCAGGCCUGAGGUGGAACAUGGCAAGCACUUCGCCGCACCUGGCAACUCCACACAGCUGCUGAAAACAAGUGAGGAAGAAAGCAGUGUACAAAUGCAGGGGAAUUUUCACAUAGGCAGGAUGUAAUUAGCAGAGCUGGAAUUUGGCCAGGACACUGGGGUUAAAACGCUGGCUUGCAGGUAACACACUGGGAUCUUUCAUAAUUCAAAUACUCAGGAUCUCCCAUUUCCAUUUUACCUGGAAGAUGUCAGAGGACUGUUCCCUAUUUAAUGGUCAUGGGCAGCUCUUGAACAUCUGACACAAAGGAAGAAGUGUCUAAAUGGUGCUGCACCUGCAGAGCUUCUCUGCCAGCAACUGCCCACCAUGAACAACAGCUGAAAAGAUCACAUCCUGAUAGGACCAUGGCUGCACCACUGUAAAACACACCUCCAUGCCUUAGGGUUCACUUCACCCCUAAUUCUCAUUAUUCAGAUUUCAGAUUAAAUCCCUUCCAAAUAGAAAGAAAGAUGAUAAAAUUAGGGCAGCACCUUACACACAAAACACAAGAAAGAGGAUAUUACCAUUAGAUGCUCCUUCAACCUUACUCUCUUCCAUUUGAAAAAAUACCAGAUAGCUAUUGGACAACAGAGAAUUUAGAUGAAGCACUUCUCCCCAGUGUCGAUGAGUGAGCUUUUCCAGCUGGCCUUGCUGGUAAUACCCAGAGCAUAAAGAGCUUUUGCUGCCUUCUUCCUUCCAGCAGGGAAAUCAUGUUCAAAGCAGCAAAACAUUUUUUUCCAUUUCAUGAUCUCACUUUUAGUAAAAGCAAUUUUUCUGUUUACUACAAGGAUGUUGAAUGUCCACAAAAGAUCAGGGAAGUCACUCAUGAACCUCACAUGUGUAACAUCUGCAUGAUGUUUCUAGCAUGAUGUGGCCCACAGUCUGAAAUAUAAAUAAUUGCAAAUCUCUAACCACUUUUUAGUCAGGCCUGCAGACAUAUCCAGUCAAAGAGCUGACUUCCACUGUGUGGUGCAGUGUGUGCAAGCAAAACAAGAAGUGUUCCUGCCAUCUGAAAAAGCAUAAUCUCUGCAUCAGUAAGUCAUAAAAAAGGGACCCCUCCUCUUUCUCUGAGAGCUUACCAUGCCAGCCUUUGGUUUAUUUGAGGGAAGGAUGGUUUGUAUGCUCAGGCUGCCAUGGAAGCCCCCUCUUUGUCAAGUGUUGUUUAAUACAACCACCAACCAAACUUGACUAGAGUACCUCAGUCAGUGGGACAACAAACCUACAGACAGCCUCUCGUGGCAAAAUGCACUGGGGAGAGUAAAGAACGGGCAGCUGCAGGCAACAGGAAAUCCAGCACUAAUAAAUAAAACGUCUUAUAGCCAGAAAGAGGAAAUAAACAGCAGCAGCACAAACUGAGAGGACAGAAGAGAGCAUAACUGUGGCAUGGGAAUCACUGAGUUACAGUGAGCUUAUUUUUACAGAACGUUGUCCCAGUUUGUUAUGUGUUCAGACUGCAAAAAGAGUGGGGGAGUGGGGGGACUGCUCAAAGAGAGGGUCUCUAUCAGAAGUUGUCAACAACCACUGUAAUUAAGGAAGCAGCCAGAGCACACACAACCAGAGCUGCUGCCAAAGUGAAAUGAAAGCAUUUUUUGUUUUCAGCUGUAGCCCCAAAGGAUAAUAAAAGAUGGUUCUACUAUGCCAAGUGAGGAGCUGCAGGGACACCGUUUCUAGAUGGCCCUCCUCCCAUCUUUCCAAAAUUAAACACUGUGGGGAAGCAGCAAGUUACUGUUCCUCAGUGUGCUUUUGAAGUGCACCCCAUCUGACUGCAGCCACCUGGGAAGGCCAGCCGUAAGACAGGUGGGCCCCCAACCACCAUGGUGACAAUGGAGGUGGCACCAGCUGAGCUCUGCCCCCAGCCAAUGAGCUGUUGUGGCACUGCUUGGUUCAGAUUGCUGAAGCAGCAACGCUGAAUUUUUCUCCCCUUGCCCUCAGCUAUGGGUUUCACCACAGCCCCAUAGCAUUGCCACCACCAGUGGGAGCUGCCGCAUUCAGAAGAGCCACACCCCGCUUUCCUCCUGAGGGCAGCUGCAUUUGGGGGGCUCAGUGGUGUCUUGGCAAGGACCCUCGUUCAUGGCACACCAACACCGUGCUCUUCCUGUUGCUGACAGCAAAGGUGGCCUGCGCCCAUGCAGCGGCAGGCGCUGCGGAGCAGCGCGUGGGCUGGCAGAGCCGAGGGGGUUGGUACAGAUCUUCUCAACUAUGGGACAUGAGGCUUUCACUGGUGGCUGCAGAAACUGGUGUGCAGGUUCAGCAAAGGGAAAGAAGUCAUUCAAAAAUUGCAUGCAUAGUUCUGAAUUCAUUCAUUGCAUGGCGUUUGCCUUUCAUCCUCCCCCCUGGGCUCUGUGUGCAUUGCUGGCAUUCUCUCCCAAUCCUAUAUAAUAAUUCCCAGCUCUCCGCAAGCCACUGCCUGCCAAUGGAGCCCACAGUCACUGGCCCGCCAGCCUGGUCACAUGAAAAGUUACAUGCAAAGGUUUAAUGCUUUCUCCUGACCCCAGCCCCCGUUUCUGUGAAUCCUCUGCAGUGUUUUCCUAAUCAGGUGCCAGGGAAGCUUUGUGCUGAGCAGGGUGCUAAGAAGGUGGCUAUUUAGCUGCAGAAUUUCCACACUCUUUGAGCUCUCUCCUGAGCUGUAAAUGCAAGCAGUGGAACCAGGUGAAUGUCUGACGAGGCUGCCAUUUAGCCCUGAAGCUGCUUUCCAACUGAAGGCACAUUGCAGUUGCCUCACUUGCUCUAUCCCAACUGCUGCACUAAUGGUUCAUUGCUUCAGCAGGUACAGAAAUCCCUUCUCAAAGCCUUCAUACAAGGUACACAGCUAUGGUCCAGUAGAAUUUUAGCCUUCGCUGGACAUUGACAAUAUGUCUGUUCCUAGGGAGUCAAAAUGAAAAUACAGCCCUUCCAUUACCAAAUUCUAGAUGAUUUAAUUCAUCACACAGCUUGUGAAAGUGGUAACAUACUUACUUUUGUGUUACCUUUAUAUACGACAUAUCAGAAAAAACACAUGCUUUUGGAGAAUCUCAAAUGGAAGUGAUCUUUUAAUAAAUCUGGAUGACAGGCAGAAAUAUUCAAGGGCUGUUGCUGAUGUAUCAACAGCUACAGUAGUUUCCUACUAUCAGUAUAACGUGAGGGAGGGCAGGUAUCUCCUGCAGGAAGAGAUCUUGUCCUCCACCUAUGUUUUCAUGCUCAGCUUUUGGAAGCAUGGGAGCUGUGUCUAGCAGUCAGGGCCUAAUGUUCCUCUGGGUUUCAUUCAGACCACAGAAAGACAAGCCAGUUGCACCUUUGUGCCAAACAGUUGGAUAAUCAAACUGAGCAUUUGAUUUCAGUUUUGGUUCUUUUUUUUUUCGAAAGGAAAGGGUCCAGCUUGUUAUGAACUCCAGCCUGGACUUACAUUUUUGUGGGUUUAAAUGAAAAGACCAGAUAAAGUUUUAAGUUGCAGUCUGUUAAUAUUGUUCUGAUUAAAACUCUAUCAUUAUCAACAUAACUUUUAAAAACAAACAGUCAAAAAAAGUGCCCAAAUUGACAGUGUUUUUCAAAUUCUCUGCUUUUCUCAUAAUUUUCCAAAGUGUAGUGCGUUCAAAAGUGUAAGCCUGUCCUGCUUGGCUGACUGGCUGUUUAAUUAUUUCUUUGUAUUAUAUUACAUUGUUUCAUUCUUAACUGUAAGCCAUCAAAAUCAUAAAAUCUCAGUUCUAGUCUCAGUUACACUCAAACAUAGCUACUGAAAAGGUUUGUCUAACUUCUUAGUAUAUAUGGCAAUUAACAAACUUUGCUUAAAUUUGUAUUCCCAACUCAAUCCAAACAGGAGUUGAGAAAUCUUGUUUCUCCCAGAUGAGAGCAUGCCUGAAUAAUAUAGGAAUUAGUUUUCUCACUCAAAAGCAUUAACAAAAUACAUGCAUAAUUACUAGGGUUUAAUCAGCCAGUGCUGUCUCUUUAUUUAAAAGAAAAAUGUAUUUAACCCUUCAGGAGAGAAUCAAGCUACCAGUGACAAUGGAGGCAGGCCUGAGCCCCCAAAUGGUAACGUAUGUAGAAAAAAGUAGAAGUCAGUGGCUGUGGCUGUAGUCAGCUGGCAUUGUCCACUCUGCCACACAACAGCCAGGAGAGCAGCAAGGAGGAUUUUCCAUUUCUGGAAAGUGCAGUGAAAUGGGAGAACACAGCGAUCUCCAAAUUGUCUUUCCUUCUAUGAAGUAUUGUCUUCAGGAUACUGCUUGACAUUCAUUCAGUCAAAUAUUUUGACAAUUUGAACAAAUAAGCAGGAAAUGGUUUUGAUUUUUGGCUCCACUGGGCCAUUUGUGAAGAAGAAUAAGUAGCGCAGCAUGUGCCAUGUCUCUUAAAUACCCUUGUGUGCCAGAAAAAUAUGCAGUGUGUUUCCCAGGCUGUGGAAACAGUUAUCAUUUCCAGUCUACCAAGUCACCCUUCUCUCUCCCCACACCAUCCCCAACCCUGCAUCAGGCUGGGGUGAAAGGAAGCAUCACUCUGAAUUACUCUGAAUUACCCUGCUGUUACCUGUUCGUGAGGAGAGGGUGCCAGUGCACAUAACACGUUAUUCUGUGCACGUUUCUGAGAAGGAUUGUGAUUGUAGUCACUUCACAGUGGCACAAAAGAGGAGUAGCAAGCCGAGGUGGGGCAUGCACAGGCACCUGGGAGCCAAACCUGCCCCUCUCUCCAUGCUGCUCUGCAGAGGCAGGCGGGUCUGUGAGCAUGCUGCAGCAUACCUUCACAGGAGCCCUGGGCCAGGGCGCUGCGCUUGGGGAGAUGCCAGAGGAGCUUUUGUCUGUGCUUUCACUGCAGGUUUAAGUAGUUCGAUUAGCAUUUGGGUCAGAGCACAUGGAGCAGCCCCGGCUGGGGUGGGAGAAGUCACACUGUGAGGCCACACUUGAACGUGGCCACUUUACUGCACCGCCCCGGGUACAAAGCCUGUUUGUGUGGGGCACGUCCUGCCGUGCGUCACACUUUGGUUGUCAGUGGCAGCCAUGGGUUGCUGGGGGGUGACACAAUAACCUCUUUAUGCUUAAAAGAAUAGUGGGGGGAAUUGCGGGAGACCAUUGGAAACAUUGCAGUAAAAAAGUGGUUUGGCUUUUGUCUGUCCCUCAAGGUAAGGUGCCCAGGCAGCCACUGAGCUGCCUCUGCCGUGCUGGAAGGAGCGUGAGCAAAGCAGCAGCAAGGGUGAAUGCAGGGCUUUGGGUGCGAGAGGACUUAAAGAAAAACCCAAGGAAGACCCCAUGGUAUCUCUGUGGUCAAAACAUAAUAAAACUGCUUAUUUAGGGUAGAGUUUUACAGCAGCUCACUCUAAAGUCUGGGCUGCCGCAGCCUUGUCACCCCCACUGCCUUCAACACAAGAGCAGCCACACAGGGAUUCAGCUCAAAGAGCUGAUCUGUCUGGAAAUUAAACUGUGUUUUUAAUUACCAAAUAAAAGUUUGCUUUACUAGAAUGUCUCAAAGUUUCAUUCAAAGAGAACUGGAAAAAUAAAAAUGAGGAACUGAAAAGGGUCAAAACAGAAAGAAAUUCGAAAAAAAUACUGAUACCAGCUAUAAAAGUUGGUUAAAUCUCUUACUGUAUGUAUCACUGUCUCCUUUGCCAGCCCCUCAGCCAUACACUUCACAAAGCAGUAAGCCCAAAUAAUUCAGAUAUGCUAAGCAAAGCCACUCUGAAUAUGGCUUCUAGCCUAAUAAGUCAGAGCCUUAUCCAGUUCCCAUGAAAAACAUCAGGAAAGUUUCCUUCAACACUAAUAGACAUAAGAUUGGAUUGCAGAACAACUAUAUAACUUUUGACCAAAAAGUGAAGUUUUUCUAAAGCACUGAUAAAAUAUUCAUGCAGGAGAAUGUGGAAACUCUGGAGCAGUCCCAUUGCUAAAUAUGUUUCAAGUGAGCGUAAUCAUUUUUGAAACCAUGCUCAUUCUAACUAGUGAUAUGUGCUCUAAAGGGAAAAUACAAAACAAACUUUUUUUUAAAGGAAAAAGUAUUUAUAAUUUCUUUAUUGUGGAUGUGCAGAAAGAUUCCCCCUCUGCUGCUGGGAAAACCAGUUUCUACUCAAUAAGCAGUAAAGCACAUCCUAAUUUUUAAAAAGCAUUUGUUAGGCAAAACAGGGCUUUUUUACAAUGCUUUCAUUUUUUUGCAGUUGGAGUCUUUCUGUUGAUGCCAGCUGCUUUAGUUGUAGGUAUUUUCUGGGAGGUGGUGUCUGUCAGUCCCACGUGGGGUGUCCCCUUGGCUAUCUCUCAUAGCCGCCCUUCUAUAAAUCACAGCAUAUUAAAAAAAGGGGGAUAAUGCUGACAUGUGAACUAAUCCCCACAUCAAAGAGAGCAAUUCUCCCUCCUCCAAACCCCCACCCCCCUCUUUUGCUGGGAAAAGUCUAACGCCUAGAAGGUGAUUUACACAAAACUUCAUCCCAGUUGUUAGGAAACUUGCAGUGCCGCUUACUUGCCAACUGCAGGAGAAACCUGGGAAUCAGGGUAACCACAAUAGCUAGCCUGCGGCUUCCAGCAUUUGGCAAUUCAGGAGAGGAAAAAAAUUGGCUUGUUUCAACAGACUUGUGUAUAUGUUGAUUGCAUGGCAGAAUAAGCAUGCAUAUAGACAGAUGUAAACGUGACUAGUAAUGUGUGUCUGUCUGGGCACAUCUGGGUCUGUAUGGGCACAUCUAUAUCUGCGUGUGCUCACAAGCACUUGUACAGGCACAGGGCUGCCUGGCCUGCCACGUACAAGACACACUGAAGCACACAGAAAUGCCUCUUUCCUUCUGCUAGGAGAAAAGAGGGACAAGGGGGAAUAUACAUUAAAGACAUAAGCCCAUAUGGGCAUGCAGUGGCCUAGACAUGGAGAGGCUGUCUUAAGCUAUUCAUUCCAGCUGUAGGCCUGCCUUUGAGCUAACAGUUCAAAUGCUGGGGAUAGAUGAAUAAGGGGAAUGAUGUGUCUAAGACAGGAUUAAAGCAUCCACUCACUGCUGCCCUUGCCUUUGAAAAUGCUUCCUGUGCAUUGAUUAGGCACACAAGAUACUUCCAAACAAUUGUCUGUCUUUGAAAUGCAACUUAAAGGAGGCAAAAAUGCCUCUGUCUGGCUAGGUAACUCUCUUUUCCCAACUUAAUGCUUAGCCUGAGCUUGUGCUGGACACACGUCCUUCAGACAUACCAACAAAGCAUAUGUAGCAUGAAAAAGACUACACUGGUGGUUCUGGAUUCAUAAUCAAUUAGCAAAAAUACCUGCCUCAUAUGAAACUGGCUGUAGUAACGUGCAUUUCUGUAAGUGUAUGUAUGCAUGUGAACUAGAUACUUCCACCGGUAUCGAAGCUUCUGGUUGAUUUAUUCAGUUUAUUUGCUGCUUUCUCCUGCCACCCUCACAGGGAGGCAGGAAUGCCCUGGGGCCAGCAGAGCCUUCCCCACCCAGGUCAUCUCUUGCCCCAGGCCAGAGGGCCAUGAAUGUCUCUCCCAAUAAGUCAGCAUCACUGCCAAAAGAGGCACACGAGGUUCACUCCCAAUGUGAGAGAGUGAACUGGAUGGGGAACCACGAGAUUAAAAAAAAUGCAUCCUUUUUGUAGUCCUCGAUUGGUUGUGGUCCAGCUGCACUCACCGAUGCACUUCAGUAUGAUUGCACAAGAGCUGAGGGGACGGAAACAAGUAGUCGGGGACAGUGAGACACUCAGGCAGCUCCCAUGUCAGUGACAAGUGCUGGCUUAAAACAUUCAUGAAAAUACAGCCAGAGAGAGAGCAUUAGGCAUGCUGAGAGAGCCACAUCUCCCACUCCACUGACAGGAAGGGCAUGGCACAUGUGUGAGGGAAAGACAGAGACCAAAAGUUUUGUUGUUCCAAUGCUUCCUCCACGUAGAUGUGCAGCUCAUAUGUAUGUGCCUGUCCCCUGCCAUGUGUCAAGUGGAGAGGAUGUGAAAGAAACUCCAGCAUGGUUGAGCCCUCACCUCCAAUACAUGGAAAAACAAACACAGCCUUUCUCUUGUUUGUUGAUUUAGUUCAGAGUGCUCCUUCCAUUACAAAACCAUUUCCCUGCAGGGGACAAGCUAAAACCUAUUUGCUUAUUACUCUGCAAAAGAAAAUGAUGGGUGCAAUUUUCAAGCACCUCUUCUGUUGAUAGACACAGAGAUUGAAAGGACAGAGCCCUCCCAGCUACCUCUCAGCUGUGUUUUCUUGUUGGGCAUAAUUUUCAUGUUUUCCUGUUUUUCAGAAACAUAUGCCACAUGUAUCUUUUUCUCCUCUUCUUGAAGUAUACAUCUCUCUAUGGGACAGCUUUGUGCUUGGAAAGUGAGCUGUGUGCUUUGUCACAGGCGUUAACACAGCGAUGGGGGGACCAAUGAAAGCUGCAUCCAGAGCUGCAAUUCACAGGACAGCACAUAACCCACACACCCCACUGCACCAUCUGUAAUGAGUCAAAACCCCAGAAAUGAGCACUUGUGAACAGGGGAGAGGUUUCCUCCUGCUGCUCAGGCUGAUGGCUGCCCCAGCUCCCAUACAGGAUGGUGUAAAUACCAAGCCAGCUCUUGGAACUGGCACAGCUAAGUGGAGCUCUGGGUGCAAGAUACAUCCUGGUUCAAGGCAAACACACAGGAAACAAGUCUCUUCUAGCCUGUUAUUUUUGAUGAGAUGCACCCGUUGGCAGUUCCUGGUGCUGACUGGGACAAGUCUGGAUAAAAACUGCAAGAGGAGCACCAGAGUUUAUCUAGAGCUGGCACCAGUUUUGGUGCUUGGCUGAAUGAGCUGUUUCUAGUGGGUCCAGAGCACUUUAUUUGUGCCAACACAACCACCUGCCCUCACCCUCCACCCCCAAAAUAAUCAAACUAGUCUCAACACCUUUUUUUGUCAGGUUAAAUCACUUCUCUGCCAGCUGGCCUUUUAGAUGGCAAUUCUUCUGACUGGCCUUUUAGGUGGCUGGCACUUCACACUCCUCACAAAUCCAACCCAACUGCAUUAAAAAGUGAAUUUAUAUUGCAGGGCUGUGGGGGGAGGGUGCCCCAGGCAAUGUCAAAGAAAAAGUGGAUCAAAAAGGGCUGCUAGUAUUGGAUACGUGGGCUGUCUUUUCAGCUGCUUUGGGCAACGUCCUUUCAGCACAAUAAAAGCUCAAAAGAAUUCAGUUAAUCUGUUGUUAAACAGAGUCUGUGGUGAGAGAGUGGUCUGUCAUCCUCCAGCCAGGGAACUGAGCCUGCCUGUAAUGGCUGGGAGCUCCUUUGCCCUUUCCCAGCAUUUCAUAUCCAUAGUGGCAGUGAGUUCAUGGACUGGCACCUUGCUGGCCUUGCACAGAUUGCCUCUCAGCCUUGUGAUGCCAGGACCCCUUCCUUCAGGCCACUCUCAGGAGAAGCAGCAGCUCACAGCAUGUGCUCUACAUAGCACAGCACACUCAAAGGCUGUGGCAGCCAAAAAUCCCUCUUCAUAACUCUCCUGCUUCACACAAGCCCAGAAGUGCCUUGCAGGGUGCUGGUGGUGGCUAACCUGCUGCUGCUGGUGGUGAUUUCAAAGAGCUAGCAGGUCAACUGAAGUCCUGAUGCAAGAGCUUUGGCAUGAUUUUCAGUUCUAAGUCUGAAUAUACAGGUGUAAGAGCAGCCAGACCUGCACUAAGGUGUGGCCCCCAUGAUGUCCCACAGCCUCAGUGCUCAGUGCCAUAGCACAGCCCUGAAUUUAAACACAGAUGGUGAGCAGCCCAUAGACUUGCCAGCCUACACAUAAUUUACCACAUGAGGAAUAUCACACAUGUACUGCUUCAACUUAAAAUGAAUCCCUCCUUCCAGCUGGGAAAAUGAAGGUCUUUUUUCUUCCUCAGAUUGGAGGAUCCCAUAGAUCCCUACAGAGUAAAACAGCUAUUCUUUUUUAAGAUUUAAAGAUAUUACUUCUUUUUUUGUUCAUGUAUCACAUUUCAGUGUCUUCUAAACAAGAGGGAGCUUAAUGUUUUUGUGUAACCUUGAACUGGCUAGUACACAACUUUUAUUGCUUCAUCCUUGAGCUUCCAUGAGCUACACUAUGUUCUACUAUGAACAGAACGUCCUACUUAGGAUUGGGUGGCACAUGCUUUGGUUGCAACAGCUUCCUAGUGCUUUCUUUGGCCUG